AUGGACGCCCGCACAGAGCCGGUGCUCUAUCACAAGCUACAGUUCUGGGAGCCUGACAUGGAGUCAGAAGGGGGAGAAGAGGAAGAAGAAGAUGAAGAGAUAACGCUGGGGCUCUAUCCCAGAAGAUCCCAGGAUGCCCCAGGGAACACAGUUGGCGGGCUGCCUGGAGCCUGGGCCCGCCUGCUGGCUGGCCUGCUGCUGUUGGCUGUUAGCUGCUUCCUGGCUGCAAGGCAGCUACAUAGCAGGGACAGCUCGGCAGGAAGCUUCAGGGGUGCUGUGACCCCUCCAGCCAGCAGACACUCCCAUCGUCCUGGCGUGUACCACCAUGGCGCCAUCAUCUCCCCCUCAGCUGUGUGUUCCCACCUGGGCCAAAAGCUGCUUGUCGCUGGGGGCAAUGUCGUGGACGCUGGAGUUGGAACAGCUGUGUGCCUGACAGUGGUACAUCCUCAUGCAACAGGCUUAGGUGCCAUGUUCUGGGGUCUCUUCUACAAUAGCUCCUCAGGAAACUCAACUGCCCUGACUGCAGGCCCAGCCCAAAGCCUGGCCCCUGGUCUGGGGCUGCCCACAGCUCUGCCUGCCCUGCACUUGCUCCACGCACACUUCGGCAGCCUGCCCUGGUCACACCUAUUAGUGGAUCCUGCCAUGCUGGCUCAGGAGGGCUUCAUUGUGGAUGAACCACUGGCAAGCGCACUGGCAGCCCAGGGCACAAAGGGCCUCUGUCCGCUGCUCUGCCAUGUUGAUGGGACCCCUCUGAGCCUUGGGGCCCGAGCCACCAACCCCAACCUAGCAGCUGUGCUGCGCCAGGCAGCACUGGCCACCAACCCAGACCUUGCUGGGGAUGCCCUACUGAGUCUGCUGACCAGAGACCUGGAGCUAGAGGGACCCUCAGCUCAGCCUAUGCCCACCUUGGAGCCAGCACUGCAGCUUCCCAUACCCCAGGGUGUCCUGUUCACUACCCCGAGCCCCUCUGCUGGCCCAGAACUGCUGGCACUGGUGGAGGCAGCUCUGCACUCCAGGGCACCCGGCUCUGACUCCUGCCCUCCAUUCCCGCAAACAGCCAUAACCCCUGUGAGCAGCGUCCUGGCCACCGUGGACAGCAGUGGCUCUAUGCUCCUUCUCACUUCCUCGCUCAACAGCUCCUUUGGUUCUAGACAUCUAUCCCCAAGCACUGGGGUUCUACUCAGCAACCUGGAGGCCAGGUCUUCCCCUAGCGCCUGGGCCUGCCCGCUCAUUCUCCGUGGCAGCGUGGAUGACACAGAGGCAGACAUGUUGGGGCUGGUAGCUUCGGGGACUCCCAAGGUGGCCAAAACUAUGACUCGUGCCUUGCUCAGUCAUCUGGCAGAGCGUCAAACCCAGACCCUACGAGAUCCCCAGCACCAGACCCAACAAAGACCAAAAGAGAGCCCCAGUAAUUGUGGCCAAGGGACCCUACUCCAGGUGGCAGCCCACACAGAACACGCCCAUGUCUCCAGUGUCCCCAGUGGCUGCUGUCCCUUCCAAGGGUUUUAG